AUGUAUACGCUAGAUACUCGCCUGUGGGUGGAUCGUUAUGGGCCGACGAAUGAGGAUGACCUCGCAGUUCACAAGCGCAAAGUGCAAGAUGUCCGUCAUUGGCUGUCGGAGGCGUUCGGGAACGACCCUUCGGGAAAGCUGAAGAAGUACAGGCGGAUACUUGUCCUGACCGGACCAGCCGGGACGGCCAAGACGGCAACCGUGCGCAUGCUCUCCGACGAACUCGGCUUUGAUGUCCUCGAGUGGCGGAACACCAUGGACGAACGGUUCUCUCGCUCUGAGGGAGACUGGGAUGGCGUCGAAUACGAAGGCCUGGCGGAGAAGUUCAGAACCUUCCUCACCCGAGCGUCGACUUGUCGUCCGAUCUUCGUGUCGCAGACACAGUCCUCCCAGACGCAGUCCACCCAGGGCUCGCGCACGUCCCAGAUCCCACCCUCUAGCUCUUCCUCCUCCACGAGUGCUAGCUCGUCACGUCGGCGGGUCAUCCUGCUCGAAGACCUUCCGAACAUCCUCCACCCCGCCACCCAAGCUUCUUUCCACUUGGCGUUGGAUGACUUUGUCGCAACUCCAGACGGCGGAGUAUCUCCACUCAUCAUCAUCAUCAGUGACGCCGGUCUGCGAGGCGAAGAUGCCGAAGAGGGAGGUGCGCGAUGGCGAUCCCGAAGCAAAGAAGCGAUAGACAUGCGGAACGUCCUCCCCCCACACCUCCACAACUCGCCGUAUGUCACACAGAUCAGCUUUAACCCCAUCGCACCCACGUACAUGCGCACCGCGCUCAAGUCCAUGCUCGACCGGCACUUCUCCUCCCCAUCCGCCGUCGGCACGCGCCCGACGAAGGACGUCCUCGAGCUGAUCGUCGAGUCCUCGAACGGCGACAUCCGCAGCGCCAUCAACGCCCUCCAGUUCGCGUGCACGGCCGACCACGGUACGCACAAGCCGGGCGCCAAAGGGUCGAAGAAGGGGAAGGGCCCGUCGGCGACUGUGAUGCUGGAGGCGGUGACGCGGCGGGAGCAGAGCCUUGCGUUGUUCCACCUUCUUGGGAAGAUCAUGUAUAAUAAACGUAAGGGGGACCCGUCCGGGAAGUCGUCGUCUGCCAAAGACGUGCGGCGGGAAAAGGAGAUCGACGCGGGCCUCAAGGAUCCACCCCCGCUCCCACCGCAUUACAAGCAUCACGAGCGAAGGGCGAGCCGUGUCGACAUCGAGACGUUGUAUGCGGACACGCCAAUCGACGCCUCGCUCCUGUCGCUCUACAUCCAUCAAAACUACACCCAGUACUGCGACACGCUGGAUGAGUGCGAGGCCCUGAUGGACUCGCUGAGCUGGGUGGACUCGAGUGGCGGCGAAAGCUGGCACCAAGCGAAUCCGCACCAGUUCCACCUCGUAGCGCUGGGCACGAUGCACGCGCUCCCCACUCCUGUCCCGCGACGGAACCAGAAGACAUUCAAGCCCGCGUUCUUCGAGACGCUCAGGCAGCAGCACGAGGCAGAAGACGGCGUGCGGGACGUGCAGCUGUGGUUGCAGCGGCUCGGAAGCUGGCCUGUGUCUUCGUGGGGAUCGCGCGACGUCGUGCUGGGCAGCGGCUCCCUGUGGCGCGCUGCCGAGAGAGCGGGGGCGUUUGCGGAACCGAUACCAUCGACGCACCGAAGCUUUUCUCAGCUCGAGUUCGCACACGUCCGCGGAGGCCUUGUUGAGAUCGCACAGGAGGGUGAGGCCGUGCCCGACGAGGCUACGCCUCAGCGUGAGGAUCGCCCCCUGGCUGGAGCUGACGACAGCGUUACUGGGAAUUUUCUGUCGGACGACGACAUUGAAGAGUGGUAG